CCGCCUUGUGCCCUCCCAGCAUGCACGCACGCACGCACACACACACACGCACACAUUAACCAAACACUCACCGACAUGGGGACAAUGUGAACUCUUUCACAUGUGAAACUCUGUCAGCAUUUAUGAAGACCGCAGGACACUGAGGACAGGACUUUAUGUGGACAGAACAAAUAAUUAAAACAAUGACUUUAACAACAGGGGACACACCUGGCAGUGGCUGUUAGAUCUGAGGUUAAAGAAAAAAUCCUGAGAAGUUGUCACCUUAAUGUUCAUCACUGAAGUCAGGUGGUCCUAACUGUUUCAGUUUUGGGGGCUGUGAUCAAAAGUUUUUAGUCAGCCUGCAACACAGGUUGAUGUUCCUUUUUAAUCAUUAGCCAGUAGGUAUUUCUUUUUGCAAUGACCUCAGUAAGCUGUCUAGUGUUUUUGCUAGUUGUUUCGCUGGUGGAGUCUCAGCCCUCCCAGAGUUCACAGCAGGUGUCCAGUCCUCCUCAUUCUGCAGGAGAACAAUCUUCUCCGAGCCAAGAUAGUCUGUCCUUCCCAUGGAGUCGUCUCCGCCUGCCAAGGUACAUCAUUCCUCUUCACUACCACCUCCUCCUGCACCCCAACCUCACCACUCUCCGUUUCAUGGGCACCGUGCAGAUCCAGAUUGAUGUCCUGAACAAUACAAACUGGGUUGUAUUACACAGCAAGGGCCUCCAGAUCUCCAACGCUACAAUUUUAGACCAUAACCUUGCUCAUCUAUCAGAUCAGGUUCUUCCCGUUCUUCAUAACCCCUCCCAUGAGCAGAUUGGUAUAUUCUCCCCCAGGGUCCUCAGCAGUGGGCAGAAGUAUUUCUUGUAUGUUGAGUUUGAGGCACAGCUGACCGAGGGGUUUUAUGGAUUCUAUAUAAGCACCUACAGAACCAGUAAAGGGGAGACCAGAACCUUGGCUUCAACUCACUUUGAACCCACGAGUGCUCGGAUGGCUUUUCCGUGUUUCGAUGAGCCAAGUUUCAAAGCCAAUUUCUCCGUGCGAAUCAGGAGGAGUCCAGAGUACAUUUCUCUUUCUAACAUGCCCGUCGUCAAGACGGUUGAAAUCAAAGAUGACCUKCUGGAGGAUGAGUUUGCGGCGAGUGUGAAAAUGAGCACGUAUCUUGUGGCAUUUGUCAUUUGUGACUUCAAGUUUGUCAGUGGAACAACAUCAUCUGGAGUGAAGGUGUCCAUCUAUGCUGCACCUGAGAAGUGGCUACAGACCCACUACGCCUUGGAGGUUGCCAUCAAAAUGCUGGACUUCUAUGAAGAGUUUUUCAACAUUCGCUACCCGUUACCCAAACAAGACCUGAUUGCCAUCCCAGACUUCCAGUCUGGAGCAAUGGAGAACUGGGGGCUGACCACCUACAGAGAGACCAGCCUUCUCUUUGACCCCGCCACAUCUUCGGUUUCUGAUAAACUCUGGGUUACAAUGGUKAUCGGGCAUGAGCUGGCUCAUCAGUGGUUUGGUAACUUGGUGACCAUGGAGUGGUGGAACGACAUCUGGUUGAAUGAAGGAUUCGCCAGAUACAUGGAGUACAUUUCAGUGGAGGCCACUUACCCCGACCUCAAAGUGGACGAGUACCUUCUGCACACUUGUUUUGUAGCAGUUGGUCACGAUUCRUUGAAUUCCUCGAGGCCUAUAUCAAGCCCAGCAGAGAACCCCACCCAGAUUAAAGAAAUGUUUGACACUGUCUCCUAUGACAAAGGAGCAUGUGUCCUGCACAUGCUACGUCACUUCCUGACAGAAGACGUGUUUCAGAGAGGAAUAGUGCGAUAUCUUCGCAAGUACAGCUUUGGAAACGCUCACAAUCAGAACCUGUGGGACAGUCUCACCAAUACAUGCUCUGAGGAAGACUUCAUCUCAGGAAAACACUGUUACAGCAGCAGCCAGGCCUCCAAGAAUGCAUAUCUGUUUGCAGGAGAACAUCUGGACCUGACAGCCAUGAUGAACUCAUGGACUCUGCAGAAAGGUAUCCCUCUGGUAACAGUAACGAGGAGUGGGCCUCGACUGCAGCUCAGGCAGGACCGGUUCUUGAGGACCGUUCUUCCAUCUGAUCCUGAGUGGACCUUGGUGCAAAAGGGUUUCCUUUGGCACAUUCCUCUGACGUACAAGACAGAUGCUUCCAGCACCAUCCACAGACACCUGAUGAUGUCACAAACAGACAGUAUUUACAUUGGAGAGGAUGUCGGCUGGGUGAAAAUAAACUCUGAUAUGACGGGAUAUUACGUGGUUCAUUAUGCCGAUGGUGGUUGGGAUGUGCUGACUCAGCUGCUGAGGGAAAACCACACAGCUCUGAGCUACAAGGACAGAACUCASUUGAUACACAACGCAUUUCAGCUGGUCACGGCAGGUCAUCUUUCACUUGACAAAGCCUUGGACCUGAUUGGUUAUCUUCAGCUGGAAAAACACACRGUCCCUCUCCUUGAAGGACUUGCAUAUCUGGAGGUUUUUUAUCGCAUAGUUGAAAAAAGAGACGAACCCAGUUUAACUCACAACCUGGGAAAGUACAUCUUGCACUUUUUCCGUGACGUCAUCGACCAGCAGACCUGGAGCGACAGCGGCACUGUGUCAGAGCGACGUCUGAGGUCAGAGGUCCUGUCUCUGGCCUGUCACCUGGACUACCUUCCCUGUCUGGAGCGUGCAGAUCAGCUCUUCAAAGACUGGCUUCAGUCCAACAAGACAUUCAACCUGCCUACUGAUGUGGUGGAGACGGUGUACUCAGUGGGAGCUCAGGAUGAGCACGGCUGGAUGUCACUUUUACAUCUUUACAACAUUUCUCUCUCUGAAGCACAAAAACACAAGAUCCUGUUUGCUUUGACCAGCAGCAGAGACACAAGCAAACUGCAAAGACUGCUGGCACUGGGUCUGGAGGGGAAGGUGAUCCGAUCACAGGACCUGUCCUCUCUCGUCCUGAUGGUGGCCAGGAACCCGCGUGGACAUUAUCUUGCAUGGAAUUUUGUCAAGAAGAACUGGGAUACACUAGUUCAAAAGUUCCAGUUAGGCUCAUUUUGUAUCAGAAACAUCAUCGUUGGGACCACAGGCCAGUUUUCAUCCCCAGAAGAGCUCAGUGAAGUGCAGUUAUUUUUUGAGUCCAUUAGAGAACAAGCUUCUCAGMUGAGAGCAACACAGAUGGCUUUGGACAAUGUGAAGAAAAAUAUACGCUGGGUCCAGAGAAACGUAGAAACUCUGAGAAAGUGGCUGAAUGAGCAGAUGAAAUUUUAACAAACUGAUAGAUUCUGGCCUGUGUAACAAGAAGGAUUGAUUGAAGUGUGUUGGUGUGUGUGUGUAUGUGUGGUUUUUGUCAGUUUUUAUGACCUUUUUUGGUAUGAUCACCUUCCUUGUCAGGUCCAGUAGUUCUCAUGGGGACCAAAGCCCAGUCAUAAUUAGGUAUAAUGUAAUUUUGGGUCAUGGGUUAGUUUAAAGAUGUGAUUUGAGGGUUAGGGUUAGACAUGUAAGUACGGUAAUUAUUAUUAUUACAGAAUGAGUGACAGGCUGUGUGUAUGAACACUGUGUUGUUUUUAUGUGUGAAUGUGUAAGAUCCAUUUGAAGUGACACAAUGAGUGUAUUGAUGGACACUUUACACAAUAAAGGUAUUUGUUGUACCUCUUUGUA